GGCUGGAUAAAAAUAUUUUGGAUUUCUAAUAGGCGCGUUGAGACGUGCGAUCGAUUAAACAUUUACAGAUUGUUGAGAAACUAUUGCGCGUCGCCUUACAGCAUGAAACGCUCAAAGGCCACGAGCUCCGGGACCGUAAAACAAGCCAAAAAGAAGCCGAAGCCUGGCGCCAAAGUCGAAACUAAAAAUAUUACUGGCGGUAAUGAUGAGAGCAGCAGUAGUGAUGCUGAGCAAAUCCCCGCGAAGGUGCUGUCCAAGCCCAAUUACACAAAUUUUGAACAGUUCCUCGAGCACAUAGAAAAUCAGCGUAGAAGCUGCGCUAGUAACGUCCAGGAAUUUUCAUUCAAAAAGAAGCGAGUGCGUAUUCUCUCCGAAGCUAGAGAUGUUAAGGAUAAAUGCACAGGUGGAGUCGUUUACUGGAUGUCCCGCGAUGCACGAGUCCAAGAUAACUGGGCUCUGUUGUUCGCCCAACGUUUAGCUUUAAAGCUCGAGCUGCCGUUAAAUGUCGUUUUCUGCUUAGUACCUAAGUUUCUUAACGCCACUCUGCGCCACUACAAGUUCAUGAUCGGUGGAUUACAGGAGGUGGAACAGCAAUGUAGGGCGCUCAAUAUUCCCUUCCAUUUGCUGCUUGGCCCGGCUGUCGACCGUAUACCAAAGUUUGUGCGGGAGCACGACGUAGGGGCUGUAGUAUGCGAUAUGGCCCCUUUGCGUGUGCCUCGUCAAUGGGUGGAAGCUGUGACGCAAGCAUUGCCCGCCGAGGUGCCGCUUACACAGGUGGACGCUCACAACAUUGUACCACUGUGGGUGGCAUCCGAAAAGCAGGAAUAUGCCGCGCGCACCAUACGAAACAAAAUCAAUUCGAAAUUGGGGGAGUUCCUGUCAGAAUUUCCACCUGUAAUCAAACAUCCGUAUGGCAAAGGAUGUGUGAAAGAGAGGCCCGUGGAUUGGAAGGCAGCUUAUGAAAUGCUUGAGUGCGAUAAAUCAGUAGAUGAAGUAGAUUCCCGGCCGGGCUACCAAGCCGCCUGCCGUCAGCUUUUCGACUUUUGUACGCGCCGACUUGGCAAAUUCAAUGAGAAACGUAACGAUCCUACAGUGGAUGCGUUGUCGGGUCUCUCACCCUGGUUUCACUUUGGCCAGAUCUCAGUGCAGCGAUGCAUACUGGAAGUCCAACGCUACCAUACGCAACAUAAAGCCUCCGUCGAUGCCUUCUGUGAGGAGGCGAUUGUACGCCGCGAGUUGGCCGACAAUUUUUGCUAUUACAAUGAGCACUACGACAGCUUGAAAGGAUUACAAUCGUGGGCAUUGCAAACAUUGAACGAUCAUCGCAAGGACGAACGUAGUCCUUGCUACACCCUGGAGGAGUUGGAGAGGGCUCGUACCUAUGAUGAUCUGUGGAACUCUGCGCAGUUGCAGCUGGUAAAGGAAGGCAAAAUGCAUGGAUUUCUGCGAAUGUAUUGGGCCAAAAAGAUUUUGGAAUGGACCGCCUCACCAGAAGAAGCACUGGAGUUUACAAUAUUGCUAAACGAUAAGUACAGCUUGGAUGGGCGGGAUCCUAAUGGCUACGUGGGUUGCAUGUGGUCUAUUGGUGGGGUGCAUGACCAAGGCUGGAAGGAACGAUCUAUCUUUGGAAAGAUACGCUAUAUGAACUAUCAGGGGUGCAAACGCAAAUUCGAUGUGACUGCGUAUGUGAUGCGGUAUGGCGGAAAAGUGCACAAGAAGCAGUAAAAAGAAAUUUAGUUUAAAAUAAAUGUAUACGUGCUGAACAGGCCAUGGGCAUUGUUUACAAUUGAUA